UCGCCCAGAACGGUGUCGACCACCCCGAGAGAGAUCGUCGUCAAGAAUCGGUUCGCGACACGACCAGGAGGUCGAGCCUCCUUCUUCGUACGCGCAGAGACUCGCCGCCGACCCUCGUAGGUCGGCGCUUCUAGAGUGGGAAAAUAGUGCUUCGAGAAGAAGAAGAAGCAAAAGAAGAGCGGCGGCCGACCGACGCAAACUGGUUCCAUGAAUCGAAUCUCGCGAGAUACCAACUCGACCGACCUUUUGCAACCUUGUCAACAAGCAGUUUAAGAUUGAUUAAACUUUCAAAAAAUCCUCGUUGGUCAACAAGAUUGCAACCCUGAGUCUGAUAAAAAGGAAGAAUACGGAAGCUCGAAGAUCGAUAUAAUCGAUUUUGCAGAUAUUACAUUCGGAAUCCAUGCGUCAGGCUCAUCCGGGUGUAGUCGGGACGCUCGUCCAAUGGGACUUCAGUAACCAUCAGUACUCGAGGAGUUCAAGUGAACCAUCGGCUGAUUAACCGAAUUGGUUCGAGCCGACCGUCAAGUCGGAGAAUCGAGUUCGAUCAUUGUCUGUGCCGGCGGUGAGAAAAUGCGUCUACUCGUUGUGUUCAUCGUCGUUUUCGGCGCGAACAGUGCUUUCGUCUUGAGCACCUGGAAAAUGCCAAACUUCAUGAUGAACUUGUCGAACAUGUUGACGUCCUCUUCCCAAUCAGCAGCGACGCCGGCCAGUGAGAAGAACAACUGUCCCGGCUGCGCACAGAAUAAGAUCUUGAUCGAUCAUAAUUCGUUUUUGACCGAGCUAAGAGUGGAGUAUGUGAAGCAACAGAUCCUGAGGAAACUGAGGCUGUCGAAGCCGCCCGAAGUCUCGAUGCCGCUGUCGACCUUGCCGAAGCCUCUGAUAAACGGCAAUGUGCUCGAACUUCGACCCGGAGCUCCGCUCGUGCCGGAUAAACCGGCGGAGAGCUUUUACGGAAAAACUAACCAGGUCGUCGUGUUCCCGCACGAAGGUGUAGCCGAUGCUACGAAAUGCCAUCACAGCUCGAAUCACCUAGUAGAGUUCAGUGCAACCUGUUUCACGUUUUACCUGCCGAACGAGAUGCAAUUCGUCGACGUGACCUCGGCUCAGCUCUGGUUCUACAAGGAGUACGACGAGAAUGACUAUCUCAACCAGACCUUCGUUCUAUCCGAGCUCGAUCACUGGGACCAGGGUGGAAGCUUCGAAAAGAACACCGUCAUGGCAAUCUUCGAGACCGAUAUUGGAGAGGGUUGGGUGGAAAUGAACGUGGAUUUCAUAGUGAAGAAGUGGGUAAAUCGACACCGAUUGAACCACACCAUUCAAAUAGCCUGCAACACUUGCUCGGAUAACCGCGACACCGCUCCGGUAUCCGUCGAGUUGACUCUAAAGCCCUUCCUCGUAAUCCACACGGCGCCGUUGCCGCAGAGGAACAGGCCCAAGAGGAACUCGAACUGCCUGCCCGAAAUGAAGGAGUGCUGCAGAGACGAGCUCUACAUUAACUUCGAGGACAUCGGCUGGAACGACUGGAUUCUGUACCCGAGCGGGUAUCACGCGUACUUCUGUCGAGGAUCCUGCUCUUCGGCAGCAUCCUUGACCGUAAACAGCUCGUCUCACAGCAACGUUAUCAGGAAGUUGUUGGGCAACAAGGGCAACGUGCAGCGGAAGAGCGAGAUAGUGCCGUGCUGCUCGCCGACGCAGCUCGCCCCGAUUCAGCUGCUCUACAUCGACACGAACAACACGAUCACGCGAAAAACAUUGCCGAACAUGGUGGUGGAGGCAUGCGGUUGCAUGUGACGCUAUCACGAGAACAGAGAAGAUGGACCACUAAAUCCCGACGCGAGUAUACCGGACUCCACCAACACCCCUUUACUCCGCCGCCACUUUUGCUCACGCUUAAUCACCGUGAGUCUAAACUUGCCGGGACUUGUCGUCCAUCUCGUGCGAACACGAGGAGAUCGGUUGUAUGGACGAGAUGAUCGCAACGAUCAGAGGUAGGGACACUUGUGACUGAUCAUUGUCGCGAGCUCACGCACUUAUGUUAUAUCGUUAUGUUAUAUACGACGACACCAACACAGUUACCAUCGAUUCAUGCAUACGAGUUGUCGAUAAUUGCAGUCAGGUUCGUCAUUUGAAUCUUCGUUAAGUGACUCGCGUCGUAGAUUGAUUUCUUUUAAAUUAAUGUGCAGAAAACCCGACUGAAACAUUGUCGCGCGUUCGUUCGAAGACGUGAUAACAUGAAACUCGUGAGCUCACGUAACGCGACAACAGUGUGUUUCUAUCCGAAACCUCGUUCUUAGGUUGAAUACUGCGAGCCGCGAGAUCGACUCCGGACGCUUGCGGUGCCAUGGGAAAUUAAGGCGUAAAUUAAGGCGAGCCAAACCGUGGCGAGCUCGUUACGUAUUUUAGCAUAAGUACCGACACCCCCGCGUGCCUCUCCGCGUGUCCAACGAGUCGACAGCGAGAGAUCUUUUGGGGCAAUUUCAACAACGGCAAUGAACUUCACCGCGUGCGCGCACCCCCCCCCCCUCCACUCUUUGCGUCUAACUACGUACGGCCGUUUCCUCCGGGAAUCUCUGUUUCCACUGCGAAUCUUCACUGAAAAUAUUCCGACGAAAAGUGACCCCUAAUCCGACGGAUGGCUCUCCAGCGAUGCGAGACGAUAAUCGUGAUUUUAAUUGAGAUAUUAAUCAACUCUAUGAUGGCAUCUAAUGAUUUUUUUAUACAAGAAAUGAGACGCGAGAAGAGCCGAUUUGUAGAAGAACACCGACAAUGUUUAACUUGACAGGUAACGCUUAAUCUUCGAUUUUAAGUUAUUGUUAUGUCUUGAGAAAUUUAUAAGAGAUAUAUUUUUCUGCCCAACAAUACCACCGACAAUAUCUGAUAAACAAAUGAGCAAUUAAGUCGAAUCCUUCGAACUGUUUCAGCAAGCAGUUCAUUUUGACAUUAAAUAUCAAUAAAAGAGACAUCUCGUAUACUUAAUAUCUUUAAACAUAUCUGAAUAUUAGCGAGAAAAAUUUUGAACGUCAACACAUAGCGAUAAUAUACCACAUAAUAAAAUCGCAAAAUAUUUAAGUGUUUAUCACAAACGGUGGCAAUUUAAAACUACCGAUAUGACAAACGACAUACUAAACGCCAUUAUAGUAUUUCCUCACCUUUGAAACCAUUAUAUCGAACCGGCUUAAUUUAACCAGUGUGGCACGCGCGCUCCUAAAAUUUAUUUAUUGCUGAGUUGAGAUUUAACAUUGUCACGCCGUUUUGACAGCGGUUAGCUCGCGGGCACGACUGCAGCAAGUAAAUAAAAUGCAAUAGUGAUUAUUCUAGAGGUAAAUAUACGCGAUUAUGGUACAAUAAUGUCGAUAAGUAUAUUAUUAAGCGAUGCUAAGCCGACAUUGCGGCUGACAUGCCAAGAUAAACGGUGAGAGGCUUGGCUAUGUCGAAAGCUCUCGGAGCAAUAAAAGGCGGCCCGAUAUUAUCGAUGUACUUGUUCCUCCAUCGUACAAGUUUAUGGCUCUCGCGUCGAGCACGAGAUAAGUACAUUCGCGAAGAAUCGAUCGAUUUUCCCCCCGAUGCUAUUCAAGUGCACAAAACCGAUGAGAUGGAUUUAUCUCUGCGCUUGAGCCUUCACGAGACAAUUUUCGAUUUCUGCUUUGUCAGAACUUAAUUUAAUUAGGAAUAAUGUCACUACCGAAAAUUUCACUCGACGAAAAUUUAAUUAUACUUCCCCGGACGGCGCGGUGAAGCCUAUAUUCACAAGUUUUCGUAUAUAAAUAAAUAACAACGCGUUGUCGAAGCUGUGCAAUAUUUAAUCCAAUUCAUUCGCUACGCGCGACUUUAACGCCACGUGAAAAAGUCGUUAAUGGAGACUUUUUUCUGCAUAUUAUUUUUAUCGCGAAAGCGUCAACUAGUAUCUGUAAACGUCGUAAAUAAGCAGAGCCGCGAAAUACUCGGGCUCACGUCGCGCAUUUCUCAGCCGCGCCCGAAAACCCGGCUCGGGGGAAUUCAUGGCAGAUGAGGGCAAAAACUACAGACGAACUUCCGCGGCUUCGAGAGUGGAUUAGCGCGUUCCUUUCAAAAAAUAUAUUUCGCGUUUCCCUGCGUAACGCUCGAUAAACCUUUCCCGAGUAAAUCCAUCUCGCCGGGUUUCUCCCUCGGCGCCAUGUAAAUAUAUCAUUCGUGUUUUGCUGUACGGUGCCACGUCUCUGCAAAUGAAUUUCCUGGAGCGCUUCCUUCCUCCGUCCGGAGACAGACACAGAAACGGCAAACGCGCGGCGGUGGGAGGGGAAAGGACAGAGAGGAAACGAAGGGGGUGGAAGAGGGAUGAAAGAGGAGAGCAGAGAGGACGGAGAAGUGGAGGACUACGCGAGAGACGAGACGAGGGAGGAAGUGGAAAAGAAAACAAGCACCAGGCAGAGAACAGAGAGACAAUGGUGGCACUGUACCGCGGGAUCGAAACCGAGUAUGUCCUUUAGAGACAUUAAAUGUAACAGGGAAAUAAUAUCGCGACCCUGCGAGGCAAGUGUAUGUCUUUGGUGACAGCCAACGUAGAUAACGUAAUCAUUACUUACGCGAGCCCGCCCGGUCUACGCUUUGCAUCGUGUCACGCGUUAAGACGUCUUUCAAUCUUUAUAAUCCCAACGGGUUAUCUAUAUGUGAAUAUCGCAACAUUAGUGCGAUAAAUGAUACAAAUGUAUGUUUAUGGAUUCUUUUGCUCGCGUCGCUUGAAAAAAUAAUCUUAUCAAGAAGAAAAAGUUUAGCGAUGUUGACGGAGGUUGAGAUGAUGAGUCUGCUAAUAAAGAUGCGUUAAAUAACAAUAACAGGUUUAUUCGAAUGUAGAGAGAUUGCAUAUGUGGCCGUGUGUAGGCUACUAGUCUUGCUGUCGGCCUUGUAAAUUGCGUGUUGGAAUGGAACUCAGCAUUUAAGUGGUCGGCGUUACGUGGUGGUGCUCUACCUUCUGAGAGCGCGCCGGGAACUCGGCGUCGACGAUGGGGUGCUGGAACUUGAUGGCGCGCUGAAGCUCGAUGUUGAAGAAGGGGAGCUAGGCGUUGCGAAGAUGACCCGAAAGCUCGGCGUUUGCCGAGAAUAAGCCGGGAGUUAGGCGAGGUUUGGUCCAGAAUGUCGUCCGAGGUUCGUCGCCUUGGUGAAAACCGCCACACGGAGGGUCGUUUAACAGCGAGAGUAUGCCCCGUUGAAAAGGGCUCCUCGGACGAGGACUAAGUAACCCUGACUGCUCUCCCGAGCUUCCCGCGGCGCCUCCUUGUAUAUGCGCGUUUUUGCUCGCGAGUUGUAUGUGUCGCCUAGUAGCGCCGCGAACUUUUAGCGAUUUAAGUGUGGGGCGCCACCACAAAACCCGUCUUUCUAGAUGCGCAACAUUAAUAUUAAUGUAAGUAAGCACUGUUAAUAAUGAACGCAAUGUCUCAUUAAUUUGCAAUACGAGCAACACGUAGACAAAAAUAAUCUAUCGAUCCUUGGGAUUAUGAGGAAUUAAAGACACGGAAAUAGUGUCUGUAAAUAUCGCGAGUUUGCGAUAUAACAGAGGGACCGAUAUUUUGUCACCGCGAAUUUAAAACGAAAUGCGACUUUCAAGUGUUUGCUGAUAUCGAAUUUCGAUAGUAUAUUGUUCUGCUGGAAAUUUGAAAUGCGGUCGCUCUUCUUGUUAAAUGCCUGACCAGGUUGCGAAUAACGAUUACGGAAUCGGUAAUUUAAUUUGUGUGAAUGACGUUUGGUAUUAAAUAAUAAAUGUAUAGAUAUAAUUAAUUUUUGCGUGCUUGUUUAAAUAAACAGAGAAAUUGUGAA